CAGCAGUUUACCCAUACUAUUUUUGCGGUCUCCAAGUCUAACAUUAUAAGAUACCCCCAUCAGCAGCUCUUCAGUAGCAAAACCCACUUAGCUGUCUUGUGACCAAAACCCACCGAGAACAACAUGUGCACUCAACUCGACGCCGCCUUUAUCGCCCGUCUCUCCCUACACGAUCCCACCCACUUCAGCAUCCAGCACUCCCAACCCUCUCACCGCCUGACUCUCCUGCAGCACUGGAACAUUUCCACUGGCUCCAAUGUGCUGGAACUAGGAUGCGGGCAGGGGGACUGCACGACUGUCCUCGCCAAUGCUGUGGGCGAGCAGGGGAGGGUGGUGGCGGUCGAUCCGGCGGAAUUGGAUUAUGGUGCUCCGUAUACGCUCGGCCAAGCACAGGGUCACAUCUCGCAAGGCCCACUGGGUAGGCGGAUUACUUGGGUCCGACAAUCCCCCCUGGACUACCUCUCCUCCCUCCCCUCCCCUUCUUCCCCCUCUUCGCCGCCCGCCAGCGACCCUAAGGCCUUGGACGCAACAGUUCUCGCCCACUGCCUAUGGUACUUCGCCUCCCCCUCACUCAUCCUUUCCACUUUUUCUGCCAUCAAGCAACACAGCAAGCGUCUCCUCCUUGCCGAGUGGUCGUUAGUAGCGACGCACCCCUCUGCCCAGCCUCACGUGUUAGCUGCUCUCACCCAGGCAGCGCUGGAGUGCCGUAAACCCAAGGGCAGCGUCUCAAACGUCCGCACGGUGCUGGGGCCAAAGCAGCUUACCGAGAUGGCCCUGGCUGCGGGAUGGCAUCUGGAGAGCGAGACUCGCGUGCAAGGUAGUGAAGGUUUGUUGGAUGGACAAUGGGAAGUCUCUACUUGUCUUUCUUCCUCUUUCGAAAGGGAAGUGGAGGAGCAAGUUAGUGAUGAGAGGGAAAGGGCGGUGGUUCUUGCGUUACGGGAUGCGUGUGAGGCAAGCUUGGAGGGUGUCCCAGGGGGUCGGCAAGGAGUUAGGGCCAUGGAUGUUUGGAUUGCUAAUUUUGUCUGAUUAUAAGGAGCCAAAACAGGGUAGAUAUUAACCCUCCCUUUACCACUAUUAACACUGUUCUAUUUGGCAAAUAGUCUAAAAGAAUUUAUACCUUUAAAUACAAAACCCACUUAUUUUUA